CAUUCUGACCAGAAGGGAGGGGGUGUGGUGGGGAAUCAAGUUCCGGGUCUUCCCUCGGAUCAGCCUUCAAAUCCUCAUCUCCGCUUGUGUUGACUGACUGGCAGUGAUCUCAAUCGGCUCACAGAUAGCGACGGCGCUCCUUUCAGCGUUUCAUAGGCGCUUUCUCUCUCUCUCUUCCUCUUCCUCUCUCUCUCUCUGCGUGUGUGUGUGGGAGGGACUAAAGGAAAGCUCCCCUCCGCCACAGCAUCGUGCAUUAGUAGGAGGAGGGGAAAUGGGGGGGGAACUCAAAGCACACUCGCCGAUAAGGUUUCUUUUUUUUUCUCCCCCCCCCCCCCUAAUCUCUCCUCCUGGUCCUGUGGCUGGAAGAAGAAGAAGGAGUCGAUCGGGAUGCUGAGGUAGCGCGGGAUGCUGUGGAGUGGAGACGCCGUGGGAGGAAGUCUCAGAGAGAAACACGAAUGGCUUCCCCGAAGCUGCUUCCCGCAAAGGAGGCAGGCAAGCAGUCCGAGCUGAACCCAGAAGCACUCGACCGGGUUUCCGGUGUGCAGCACGCCCGGAAGUCGGCCGGAUCAACAGGAGAGGGGCUCCCCGGGGAGGGCGGCUGCGCUCCCGCCCGCGGCAGCGGCAGCCGCGGCCGGUGCCUUUCAGCACCGAGGACAGCGCAGCGCAGGGCGGGCGCGGAGGGGAAGCUCUGCCCUCCCCCCGGCGGCGAGGAGAAGCUCCGAGUUUGCUGCGACGAGGAAUUGGAGACCUCCUUCACCUUCAUCGACGAGAACGUCAACUUGCGACUGGCCAGCCCGGAGACCGGCUGCAAAACUUCGCACAGGCCCGCUCGCAACGGCGAGCCUUGCUCCGAGACUCUGCCGGAGCUCUCGUGCAUGUCCGAGGACGACCUCUCCUUCGGCGAAGGCUCCGGGAGCUCCGUGGACUACGGCUUCAUCAGCGCGGUCACGUUCCUGGUGACCGGGAUCUCCCUGGUGAUCAUCUCCUACGCCGUGCCGCGGGACGUGGAGGUGGACCGCGACAGCGUGUCGGCGCGGGAGAUGGAGCGGCUGGAGAUGGAGAGCGCCCGGAUAGGCGCCCACCUGGACCGCUGCGUGAUCGCGGGACUCUGCCUGCUGACGCUGGGCGGCGUCGUGCUCUCCACGCUGCUCAUGAUCUCCAUGUGGAAGGGGGAGAUGUACAGGAGGAAGCUCGUGGCCUACUCCAAGCGCUCGGCCAAACUGUACGGCUCCAUCAGCCUGAAGACAAGAUCCAGCCCCAGCCACUCGUCUGCCCGCUUGUCCUUGGAGGAGGAGAUGGUGGAGACUUUGGCUUAAGCCGCCGCUCCGCAUAGAAACGCUUGUUUGUUUUGAACGAGGAUUAACGUCAGCCACGCACAUUUCAUAACUGCUGAACUAGCUAUUACAUGUAAGACGCUACAAUGGUAGGGAAUGGGCUGAAUGGAGGUCCUAGAUGUGUUGUAGUUUGAACCUAUGUUCAGACUAGGGUAAUAUGAACAUUGGAUUCAAACUACCCUGUGUUUGAACCCUAUGGUAUUAGUGAUGAGGGGUUUUUUUUGCUCAUCACUAAUACCAAAUCAGCCUGAGCAAGAGGAACGUGGUCCACAUGGAUGAUAGCUGGAGAAUGGCCACAGCUACUUUUCUGCCAAUUUUUGGGCCUGUAUGGGUUCCACAUUUAAGAGAGACCAUAGAAUCAGCUGUUGAUUGGGGUUUCCAUGCCAACAGGGGCAAGAGCACUAGACCUACCCAUGUGGUAAAUUACCCCCAGUCAGCAGGUAUGUGGGCCAGUCAUGGACUUUGCCCAGGCUGGAUGGGCACUAAGUAGACACGGCUUCUUCUGGAAGAUCCAAAUUAGUCAACUUGAUAACUGAUGUCAGCAAAACAACUCUCAUUAAAAAAAGAAUUAGACUUUUAUUAUUAUUGAGUUGUUAAACAAUAAGUCAAAUUCCAGACAACACUUCUAGGGCCAUGUGGAUACCACUUUGUGUCCAGAGUUGAUCUAACCUACUGUAUGAAUGAAGAUGCAUCCACUAUGUAAACCAGGGACUGUCCCAAUACAAGCCAUUUUGUCAGCCCAUUUCCUGCCUAUAGAGUCCCAUAUUUAAGCCAAGUGAACUAGGCCAACCAGCCUCCACGAACACUUCAGUUCUCACACAGAUUAAAGAAAAUAAAAUAAUCUAAUUUGUGAUUACUUUUUUGAAGAAUAACCUUACAUUUAGAUUCACAUUCACAAAAUUUACUAAGGAUUAAAAGCGUCAGCUAUAUGCUGUAAUGAUCAUUGAGUACAACCAGCUCAUAAUGACGACACAAGAUAUAAUCAAUUUUUUUUUUAAAAGACCACUAACUCCCAUCCCCCAACAAAUUGGUCUAACAAAUACAUUUUUUUAAAAGAAUGUCUGCUCCGUUUAGGUUAAUCUGCUUCAGGUUUCAUUUGUCUGCAUAUUCUUGUCUGUCAAUUCGUUUCUAAUGUCCAAAAAAUGCAUUAAAAUGUCCCUUUUGUGUUUUCACAAAAAAUAAAAUGAAAUAAAACUUUUAUGA